CAAAUCUCUUUCAGCUGCCGGCUCGUUUGGUAAGCUACAGGCUCGUUUGGUAAGGUGAUGAGUCAUUGCAGUCCUGUCUGUGAAUAUGGUGACAGCCAACAUGUUACUGAGUGUCUUCUUUCUUUCAGGUGUUUGGGCUGCUUGUCCUAAACAGUCAGACCUCAUCAUUACUGCACCACAGAAGAUGGAAGCACUGAGUGGCUCUUGUUUGCAAAUCCCAUGUAACUUUAGUGCUAAAGCAAAACAAGAGUUUGACAGCACAAGAGAAACCUUCGGAGUGUGGAUUAAAAAUGACUCCAGGUUUGGCAUCUAUCCAAACAAUGUGAUUUUCAACAGUAGUGGGACAGUUAACACCUAUCCAAUGAGGAUUACUGGAAACCUGAGUCAGAAAAACUGCACCACUCUGUUUUCAAGUUUACUCACAAGUUAUACAAACACAUACUUCUUCAGAAUUGAGAACAAACUAUUCAUGGCAACAGCAUCUUGUGAUCCUCUUCAAAUAACAGUUAAAGAUUCUCCUCCAAGCCCCAGAAUUGAGAUCCCAGCUGAUCUGAAGGAGAAGCAGUCUGUCACUAUAACCUGCUCAGCUUCCACUCCCUGUCCACACUCCCCUCCUAAACUCACCUGGAACCUCCAACAAGACUCUCACAGCAACACAGAGGAAAACACCGAUCGAACCUUUACAACUAAAAUCCAGGAGACCAUCACUCUGUCAGACCAACAUGAUGGAUACAACAUCACCUGUUCUGCCAGAUAUCCUGUGAAUGAAGGAAAAGAUGUCAAGACAGCGGAGGAGAGAAAGACUCUCAGUGUUUCAUAUGCUCCUAGAGACACCUCAGUGUCCAUCAGUCCAUCAGGUUUGGUGUCAGCAGGUAGCUGCAUGAACCUGACCUGCUCCAGCAGAGCCAAGCCUCCCGUCAGCCGCUUCACCUGGUUCAAGAGCAGCAAAGAUGGACCCAAGACUGUAUCUGGAGGAGAGGUUUACAGCUUCAAGGUGACCAGUGUCACUGAUGGAGGAGUUUAUUACUGUGUGGCCACAAACGCUCUCGGUAAUGAGACGUCAUCACAGAUUAAUUUGACGACUGCAGAUGCUCCUAAAAACACCUCAGUGUCCAUCAGUCCAUCAGGUUUGGUGUCAGCAGGUAGCUGGAUGAACCUGACCUGCUCCAGCAGAGCCAAGCCUCCCGUCAGCCGCUUCACCUGGUUCAAGAACAGCACAGAUGGACCCAAGAAUGUAUCUGAAGGAGAGGUUUACAGCUUCAAGGUGACCAAUGUCACUGAUGGAGGAGUUUAUUACUGUGUGGCCACAAAUGAACUCGGUAAUCAGACGUCAUCACAGAUUCAUUUGACGACUGCAGAUGCUCCUAAAAACACCUCAGUGUCCAUCAGUCCAUCAGGUUUGGUGUCAGCAGGUAGCUGGGUGAACCUGACCUGCUCCAGCAGAGCCAAGCCUCCCGUCAGCCGCUUCACCUGGUUCAAGAACAGCACAGAUGGACCCAUGACUGUAUCUGAAGGAGAGGUUUACAGCUUCAAGGUGACCAAUGUCACUGAUGGAGGAGUUUAUUACUGUGUGGCCACAAAUGAACUCGGUAAUCAGACGUCAUCACAGAUUCAUUUGACGACUGCAGAUGCUCCUAAAAACACCUCAGUGUCCAUCAGUCCAUCAGGUUUGGUGUCAGCAGGUAGCUGGGUGAACCUGACCUGCUCCAGCAGAGCCAAGCCUCCCGUCAGCCGCUUCACCUGGUUCAAGAACAACAAAGAUGGACCCAUGACUGUAUCUGAAGGAGAGGUUUACAGCUUCAAGGUGACCAGUGUCACUGAUGGAGGAGUUUAUUACUGUGUGGCCACAAAUGAACUCGGUAAUGAAACAUCAUCAGAGAUCCAUCUGACUGUUGAAGGUAAAGAUAGUCAGUACAGUUACUUUACUGGGUCCACUAACAUAAAUCUGAUCUGCUUUUCUAUAUUUUCCUACUUUUCUCUUAAUGUGUGCUUUACUUUUAAGUUUUUCCAUAGCCGUAACCAGCAAUGAGGUCAGCGAGGUCCUGACGUCCGUAAUUAUAUGUAGUCUAUAGCCUAUCAAUAAAAUAAUUCAAAUGAAAACCAUUGAUAACACAGUCAACUUAAAUGAAGUCUUUAGGAGCAUGUGGGCGCAGCUGA